AUGGAGGCUCCCGAGAAGCCCAGGCCUGGGCCCCAAGGUCUGGAGGCCACCCCGGAGCGCCGCAGGCUACGCGGCCUGCGGGUGUCCAACUUCCGAGAGGAGCUGAGGGCGCUCCUGGUCCUGGCAGGGCCCGCGUUCUUGGCCCAGUUGAUGGUGUUUCUGAUCAGUUUCAUAAGCUCCGUGUUCUGUGGACACUUGGGGAAGCUGGAAUUGGAUGCUGUCACACUCGCAAUUGCAGUUAUCAACGUCACUGGUAUCUCAGUGGGAUUUGGCCUAUCUUCUGCUUGUGACACCCUUAUGUCUCAGACAUAUGGUAGCCCCAACAAGAAGUACAUGGGGGUCAUCCUGCAGAGGAGCUUGCUGGUGCUGCUUCUCUGCUGCUUCCCCUGCUGGGCCCUCUUCCUCAACACCCAGCAGAUCCUGCUGCUCUUCAGGCAGGACCCAGAUGUGUCCAGGCUUACCCACACCUAUGUCACGAUCUUCAUUCCAGCUCUUCCUGUAACCUUUCUUUAUACAUUACAAGUUAAAUAUUUGCUCGCCCAGGGAAUCGUACUGCCCCAGAUCGUAACUGGAGUUGCAGCUAACCUUGUCAAUGCCCUCAUCAACUAUCUGUUUCUCCAUCAACUGCAGCUUGGGGUGAUGGGUUCGGCACUAGCAAAUACGAUUUCCCAGUUCUCCCUGGCCCUGUUCCUAUUUCUCUACAUCCUCUGGAAGAAACUGUAUCAAGCUACCUGGGAAGGGUGGUCUCUCGAGUGCCUACAGGACUGGGGUUCCUUCUUCCACCUGGCCAUCCCCAGCAUGCUCAUGCUGUGCAUUGAGUGGUGGGCCUACGAGAUCGGGAGCUUCCUGAGCGGUAUCCUCGGCAUGGUGGAGCUGGGAGCCCAGUCUAUUGUGUAUGAACUAGCCGUCGUCGUAUUCAUGAUACCUACAGGCUUCAGUGUGGCUGCCAGCGUCCGGAUUGGGAAUGCACUGGGUGCCGGGAACAUCAAGCAGGCCAAGAAGUCCUCGGUUGUCUCCAUGCUGGUCACAGAACUCUUUGCUGUAACCUUUUGUGUCCUGCUGUUAAGCUGUAAGGAUCUUGUGGGGUACAUUUUCACUACUGACAGAGAAAUCAUUGCUCUAGUGGCUCAAGUGGUUCCUAUUUAUGCUGUUUCCCAUCUCUUUGAGGGUCUUGCCUGUACAAGUGGUGGCAUUCUGAGGGGAAGUGGAAAUCAGAAAGUUGGAGCCAUCUUUAAUGCCAUUGGGUACUAUGUGAUUGGUCUCCCGAUCGGGAUUUCGCUGAUGUUUGCAACCAGACUGGGAGUGAUUGGUCUAUGGUCGGGGAUCAUCAUCUGUACGAUCUGUCAAGCUGUGUGUUUUCUAGGCUUUAUUGCUAGGCUAAACUGGGAAAAAGCCUGUCAACAGGCUCAGGUACAUGCCAAUGUGAAACUAAAUAUGGCCCAGGAUGGGACUUCUCUCUCUCAAGACUUACCUUACCCAGUGGGCCCAGAAAACUGUGGAGAAACUUUAAUGAGAGAUGUUGAAAAAAAAGACGAGACCCAGUUGGAUCAGCAGAUACACCAAGAAGAACAUCUUCAGGUCCAUCCAAGGGACAUGACAAAGUUGACUGGGAGGCAGUUGAUACUGCGGCGAGGGCUCCUGCUCCUAGGGGUCAUCUCAGUCUUGCUGGUGGGGAUUUUAGUAAGAGUAUGGGUCAGAAUUCAGUGA